CCCGUUUCACGUGACCAGAAAUUCUUCAACAGUCGUCGCGAUAGUCGCGAAAGUCAAAUUGAAGUUAGACUCCGACAGCAUCAACUUACCUAGUAACUUGCUAUAACCAGUGGGAGUUUGACAAUAACGAAUAAGCCUUCAAUAAUCCUGUCCGUCAUCCUCGUCUACCCAGACAGAGCAUAAGAACCGGAUCCUAUCGUUUCAUCCAGCGGCUUUCAUCAUGGACGACUCAGGCGAAGGAAGCAAAGAUCUGGUGAAGAUGUGGCGUAUAUACAAGACCGUCAAGGAAUUGUGUCGCGACAGGGGUUACGAAGUCACGGACGAAGAAAUCGAAAUCUCUCUCGAUGAUUUUCGCGCCCAGUACGGCGACCCAUUAGGCUUCGCGGACCGUGGUCGCAUGCGAUUCCACCUCAAACCCAGCGCAGAGAUGCUCCAACUCUACAUGCCCCCGCCGAAGAAGGACCAACAAGUCGAGCCGCAGAUCGGCAACGUGUACGUGGAAUUCAACAACGACGAGAACCUGGGGAUCAAGCAAAUGCGGCAGUUCGCGCACACCAUCACGGAGAACAACUUCUACACAGGAAUUCUGGUGCAUGGCGUCGACAUGACACCGUCGGCGCGGAAGCUGAUCCCCACGGUGCUGCCGCACAUCAUCGAGCUGUUCAAGGAGACAGAUCUGCUCGUGAACAUCACGAAGCAUGAGCUGGUGCCGAAGCAUAUCCUGCUGAGCCGGGAGGAGAAGGCGAAGUUGUUGGAGCGGUAUCGGUUGAAGGAGAGCCAGCUGCCGAGAAUGCAGGUGAACGAUCCAGUGGCGAGGUAUAUGGGGCUGAGGAGAGGGCAGGUCGUCAAGAUCAUCAGGAGGAGUGAGACGGCCGGGCGAUAUGCUAGCUAUCGGUGGGUGAUUUGAGGCGGACGUUGGAUCAUUCCUACCACUGGCGUUUAUGGGGCUCAAAAAGGCCGAACUGGGGCAUGGCGAUUAGACAACUAGUCUUGCGCGAGGCGUUUUGAUGUUUGGGUAUUAGCGAGCAUCUGACCAUGUACCGAAUAUGAACUAUUGAAAUAUUGACUUUCGUAAGGAGCUGCUAGGAAAGGGGAUU